GACUUUUUGGCGGGAACGCGAAGAAUGAAGUUGUUUACCAGGUCAUAAAACCCUUAAAAAAAUUUGAUACAGUUAGUGUCAUUUUGUGUCGUUCUCGUUGGUGACUCUGUUCAGUGCGGUUUACUCGACGUCCGUUGGUUGUAAUCUAGUUGUUAUAAGAGUUUUUGGGAUGCCAAUUUAAUAACGUCAUCGAAUUCGAAAAAAAUUAACAAUGAUAUUGUAUUUACAUAAUUGUGGUAAUUAAAAAUAAAUCAGUCUGAAGCCGGUAAUCUUGUUGUGUUGUGAUUAACUUGUGAUAAGUGUUAACGGUUCUCUGAAGUACUUGUAGUUAAAAGUUUUGUAUUACAGAAAAGUUUUUGAAGUGAUUGUUCUGGUGUUUUUGUUAUUAGAUUACGUAAAAAAAUGAUUGUGCUUACAUUUGAAGAUGUUACUAGAUAGUAUGGCGUAGAUUUUUGCUACACUCACGGCUGUCAAUGGACAUCUAGCCACGAAUAUCCUGCAUUAAAAAACUGGACUUGAUGCGGUGACACGAUGGACCCAGCGGACAAGCGUAUGUUGGAGCGUGAAGCGCUUCGCAACAUGAUACACCAAUGGAACGCCAACCGGCUCGAUCUGUUCGCGCUCAGCGAACCCAAUGAGAAUCUGGAGUUCCACGGUGUGAUGCGUUUCUACUUCCAAGAUCUGGGUCAGAAGAUAGCAACGAAGUGUAUCCGUGUCGCCUCCGACGCCACCGUCAGCGAUGUCAUAGAGAUACUAAUCGAGAAAUUCCGUCCGGACAUGCGUAUGCUGUCACUCGGCUCGUACUCGUUGUGGGAGACCCACGGCCCCGACGACGAGCGCCAGCUGGAGCCGCACGAGAAGCCGCUCCUCGUGCAACUCAACUGGCACGCGGAUGAUAGAGAAGGGAGAUUCCUACUUAAGUGCCUUACUAACAAUGAAGCCUCCGUCAUAGGAUCCGACAAGGGAGACCAAAACUUCAAAAGAAAAUUAUCCAAGAGAGAGAAAAAAGAAUUGAAGAAAAAAGAGAAGCUGUCGAGAUUGAAGUCUGAUACUAACGAUGAGAAUCGACCCGUUGCCGAAAAACUUUACACAGAACUGCCGGAAACAUCGUUCAUGAGAAGCAUCAGUAACCCUGAAGCGGUGAUGCGUCGUCGUCGACAACAAAAGCUAGGGCGCAAGCUACAGCAGUUCAAGUCGAAAGACGGAGGACCCGAUACCGGAGGAACGCUGAGGAUCUACGGCGGUAUACUGAGACCCGAUGUUUCGUACAUAACGCUACUCCUGUCGGUCAACGAUUCGGCGGCGACCGUUCUUAAAGAAACUCUCGAAAAAUACGGAAUGGGACAUCAGGACCCUCAACAGUUUUGUAUCGUUCAGGAAGACAAGACUGACAACACGGAGUACAUACUGGAAGAUGACGAGUGUCCGUUGGCGCUGAUGAAUAUGACUCGGAGCUCUAUCAUGUUCCACGUGCGGCGGCGUCCGGCGGACUCACAGCCACGGCGACGGAAGAAGAAGGUCGGCACAGGCACCAACGGGCGUCCAGGCAACGAACCUUUACUUCUGGAGGUCGCGCCCGACGCCACGCCUCUAGAGAAUGGACGCAGAAUCCGGAUUACCGAUGUCGUCGAGGUUGGUUCGGGAAAUGGCACCGCCCUGCAGCUGUACGGACCGUCGAUACAAUCCCGGCAUUGCGUGGUCGCUCCCGCUGACGGUGGCGGAUACACCGUGACUCCGCUACACGCGGACGCGCAAGUCUUCGUCAACGGACAAAGGAUCAUGCACACACAGCGAUUACAGCACGGAUGUCUGCUGAAAUUCGGGCGCGUAUCGACUUUCCGUUUCGUGGACCCCGCCCAGGAGAACCUGAUCAACAGGAACUUGGCUCAGUCGCAGUCAAACUACGGCUCCGGAUCCAUAUACGACAGGUCGCCCGCGUCACCGGAGCCGGGCGGCGCGAUGUCCCAGCAACCGGACGCGCUCGACAACAACGCCAACGACGAGUACCACCGCACCGUCAGCCCGGUCUCGAACGACCACUACUACAGAGACUCGAACGAGAUCACGCCGUACAACAACAACAACACGCUCAAACUCGACAACGAGUCGCUGAUGAUGUCGCAGCACCUCACCGACUCGAAGGACGAACACACCGGAUCGAUUUACAACGAUCACGAUCAGAGCACAAACGCGAACCGCACCGGGAACUCGCAAUACAAAGAUAACUACGAAACCACGUUCGAUUUAGACGGAAACGUUGAAACGAAAAGCAUCUGUAGCGCUAAAAGCGGAGGUUCAGGACACGAGAACAGGAUGGGUGCUGGUCGAAUCGGCCAAGAAGCGAUCCUGCCGGCCGUGCUGGAGUUCCCGGAGGCGGGACAACAACAGUUCCUCGCCGCGGUCAUCACCAGGCUCGAUCCUCAUGCCCCGGCGUUCAAACUCGCGCCCGUCUACACGCUCUAUCUCUGCGCCAGAUAUCGUGCUUCAACUCAUUACCGGCCCGAGCUGACGCCGACCGAGAGGGCCCACAAGCUGACCGCCUUCCUCCACCACGUCGCCACACUCAUACACGCUACUGUACAGGAACGCGCUAGUGACUCUGCAGCUCAAGCGUUCUGGAUGGCCAACGCCAGUGAACUGCUGCACUUCCUCAAAUACGACAGACAUAUCUCCUCGUUCUCAACGCAAGCUCAAGAGUUACUAGCCAUGACUGUACAAAACGCGUUCAGUAAUCUGGUGGCGUGCUUCGAGGAGAGUCUGGGUCGCGCCCUGGCGGCUCUGACGAGCGGCAACAGCGCGGAGGCGACGGCCGCCACCGAGCCCGCGCUGCAGGCGCUCGCCGCCGCCAUGGUGCUGCUGCGCCGGUGCAGGGUCAACGCGGCGCUCACCAUACAGCUCUUCUCGCAUCUCUUCCACUACAUCAACGCCGUUUGUUUCAACAAGGUGGUGAGCGAGCCGGGCUGUGUGAGCGCGGCCUACGGGCGCGCGCUGUCGGGGCGGUUGGCGCUAGUGGCGGCAUGGGCCGAGCGGCAGGGACUCGAGCUAGCAGCCGACUGCCAUCUGGCGCGAACGCACCAGGCCGCCCGGCUGAUACAGGGCGAGUAUCGCACCGCAGAGGAAGUGCGGGCGGCGCUGUCGGCGUGCUUCAAGCUGAACUCCGCGCAAGUCCGAGCGCUGCUCGCGCCCAUCGCCGCGCCCGAGGUCGUGGAGGCGGCCGUGCAGCACGCGCGGGCGCUCGCCGACGAGCUGUGCCGGGCCGACGGACGAGAGAUACGAGUCGAGGAGGGCGGUUGGCUGGGGGCCGGACUGCUGAUCCCCGGGGAUGGGUUCAGCGCGGAGGUGGUCCGCGGCGUGCCCCCCGGGCUGGCGGAGUUCGUGGCCCCCCUGCAGCGGGCGGGGCUGUGUCGGCUCGCCCACCAGCCGCACGCGGUCGGCGCGUGGACCGUGUACAUGGGCCGAGCGUCCCCGCGACCCCCGCCCGUCCCCGACCGACAUAUCCUGCAACUACAUAAGAACGCUAACGGCAUGGGACUCAGUAUAGUCGCCGCAAAGGGUGCAGGCCAAAGCAAAUUGGGUAUCUAUAUAAAGUCCGUAGUGCCGGGCGGCGCGGCGGCUGCAGACGGGCGACUGGCGGCCGGCGACCAACUGCUAUCCGUUGAUGGACAGUCGCUCGUUGGUAUCACACAGGAAAAGGCGGCUGAAUACUUAGUAAGGACGGGUCCGACCGUCACUUUAGAAGUCGCGAAACAAGGAGCUAUGUUGCACGGACUAGCCACUCUAUUACACCAACCGGCCUACAACAAUCAGCGACCAGCGGGCGGCGGCGCGUUGCGUCGUGCGUCGGAGCGCGACCUGCCCGCGCGGCUGGCGGCGGAGGCCGUGAAGCCCAGCAAGAGCACGCCCGCCCUGCACCACGCCGCACCCGUCCCGCACAGUAGUGUAACGAGCCCGAGCGUCCCGAGCGCCUCGCCGAGCGUGUGGCCCAACAAGUCGCGGAGCAGCCACAACCUGUCCGCGACCUCGCACCACGACGGCUUCUACCAGAACCUGCCCGCCGUCAGCUCGCAACAGUACCCACUACAAGACAGGUGGUCGUCGCUACGCAGUUCCACUGGCAGCAACCGUCCUCAGUCGGCACAUUUUUCAGCAGCAAACCCGCAAGAACAGGCGCCUGAUUCUCCCCUGCACCAGGCAAACCAUGGAAGCACUAUGAGUAUACGUGCAGCGAAGCUAGCUGAGAUGUCAGAGGAAGUUACGCGUCGCCAACAGAUGCAACAACAACAUCAACUGCAACAGCAGCAACAACUACACCAGCAACAACAGCAACAAAUACACCAACAGCAGCAACAACAGCAACAUAUUCAGCAGCAACAACUUAUCCAACAACAACAAUUACAACAGCAUAUUCAACAACAACAAUCGCAGCUGCAUCAGCAACAACAACAACAUUUACAUCAGCAGCAACUACAUCAACAUCAAAUGCAACAGAGGAUGCCAUCAUUACCACAUCAUCAUCCGCAGAUGAACAACCUUCAUUCUCACGGACAACCACCACUGUCGCCGGGCUCGACGCAAUCUUUGCAGUUCCAACAGCAACCUUCCCCGCAGCCCCCGCACCCCCCGCAGCACGCUUACAGCCAGCACGGUCAGCCACAGAGAUAUGAAUGGCAUCCGCCCGGUCCUCCGUCGCCGCAGAGAUCGCAGCCGCCCGUAGCUCCCAAGCCACAAAAUGUAAGAAGACCUGAAAUGGAAAUGGAAGAGCCUUCACAUCAACAGCCUCCGCAGAUGAUGAAUAUGCAACCGGAUGAAGAGCGGCAGUCCGGCAGCGCUCUGUACCCCGCAAGCCCCUGGCAGCGCGAGGAGCGGGAGCGGCAGGCCGAGGUGCGCCGCGCGGCCGCCCGCGCCCGCAGGGACGCGACGAUAGCGCACCUGGUGGCGCUGGGCGCGGCGCGGUCGGCGGCGCAGAGCCAGCAGCUGCGCGCGCUGCAGCUCGAGCGGGACUUCGAGCUCCGAGCCACGCAACACGACCAGGAGGAAGGGGGAACUACUGAAGGUGGUGGUGAUGAAGACCGUUCAUCUCCGGAAUCUUGCAUAGAGGCUCCCCUACAACCAUCUCCGCAUCCGCCUAAGUCCAUUCUCAAGACCAACACUCGAACUGAACUCACUAAUGAAUACCAAACUACCACCACCGAGACUGUGACAAUAAGCGAGGAAGUGACGUCAGUGGGUUCGGUGAGUGCAGGCGUGAUGUCGCUGUCGAUGAGCGCGUCUCCCGCCCCUCCCCCGCCGCCGGCUCCCCCCCGCGGCUCCUCGUUCGCGGUGAUGGCGGAGCGGACACGCCACGUCGACGUGGCGCCGGUGCCCGCGCCCGCACCCGUCUCCGCAUCCGCACCGCUGUCUCCGUCGAGCGUGGCGCGCGACAAGCGAGUGUCGUUCGAGGAGCGCGGGUGCAGUCCCCCCUCGCCGCCCUCCCCGCCCGCCUCCUCCCCGCCCCCGCUGCACGAACACGAACACAGGGAGGACCCGGACCGGUUUAUUGAAGAAGCGGAGUCCAUGCUAGCGAGCCCGUCGUCGGCGGGCGUGUCGCCGAGCGCCGCGCCGCCCGCGCACACGCCCGGCGUCAUCGGCGCGCAGGAGGUGUACAGAGACCCCCGCGCCCGCCGCCUGGCGGAGCAGCAGGCGCGCAGCACGGCGCAGCCCAUCCCGGAGCAGCUCUCCUUCAAGGAGAAGAUGAAGAUGUUCGCGCUCGAAGCCGGAGACGCCUCCACGCCCAAGGACAAGGUCAAAAUAUCGCGCGCGCAACGGGACAUAGACGCUGUACGUUGAUGACCCAGACACUACAUACUACUUAAUAUAUUGAACUAUGUACCUAACAACCAACGCGCCAAUACAUCUCGUAUGAUCCAGUACCAGUAUUAAGAAGCACUUACGAUUUUUGAUAGAGCACGAUUCACAAGUCCCGUACAUUGUAGGGAUUUAUUUUUAGAAAAUUUAACAUAUUUUAUGAGUAGACAUGAGUUUAACUUAUCGAAUAAAUAUGUACCCAAGUAUGCCUUGAUUGAACCUCAGCACCAAUUUACAAGUAAAUUAGAAUAGACCCAAUAUAUUUUAUAUUAUGAAGACAAUUUGAUUGGAUGUACACCGCGUCGCCUUAGCAGCUAGUGCAAUGUUACGAGACAUUUAAAAAGUAUUGAUUUUUUUUUAUAAAUUUGAAUAUUAUAUGAUAUAAAAUUUUUAUUAUUGUUAUUAUUGAAGUAAUUUCGUGGCACAUCCGAAUGGAAUCAAUUAUUUCGUGCAAAAUUUUAAGUGCCAUCGUAAAUAGAUUACGUGUUUCAUUGUAUUUGUUAUAUUAAGAUUACCUUGGAGGACCAAUAUGGAUAAAAUAUAAUCAGAAGGUGCCUUCGCCUUGACCUGAAUAAUAAUCAUUAAUUUCGACACCAUACUGUGACUUCUCAUGGCUCUUUUCAGAAACUUCGUUACAUUCCAAAGAAUGCCUAAUCUAUUUUUCUAACAUUCCCUUCUAUCAUGACCGAGUACUUCUUUGUGUAAGACACUAAUAAUUGUAUUAAUUUCUAUAUAUACGAUACAAUAAUAUCUUUGUAACAAAAAGCAAUACGAUACUGUGAAAGAUAUAAUGUUGAAUAUAAAUUACAUAAAUUACUUAAUUAUAAUUAGCACUUUUUGUGCCAAACUUGUAUGUAUACUCUACGGUUAUUAAUUAUUUAAGUAAUUCGCUUGUAGUGAUUACACAAAUUAUAAUGUCACAACACUAUUUCCUAGUAUUAGUAUCUCGAUGAAUCAUGUGUUUGAAUCAAUGAAUCACUUUAUUUUGUCUGCCUUAGCAGGCAGCGUACUUAGGUUUUUUUUUUAUUACGUCUACGGGACAAUACUUUUCAAAUUAUACAAGUUUUAUUUACUUUGAUGAGUAAUACUAAAAAAUGUACUGUAAUUUUCGAUGUUAAAUUAUAAUAAUAAAAAAAUAAGUCAGGUUUAGCCAGCCGAGUAUCAUAUUCCAAGUUAAAUUUUAUUAAAAUGCACAUCACUUUAUCCUAAUGUAAUUAUCUAUUUAAAAAAAAUAUCAAACUCGAUUUAUUGAACACAAAAGGAUCACAAUGUUAUCUUUUCAGCUAAAAUUACAGAUAAUCUCUGUAUACUUAUAGCGUUAAUUUUAUAAAUUGCAUGCAAUAAACAUUUCAUUAGUCCGCAGCACCGAUUAGAUGUAAAUAAAUUCAAUCAUUUUUUAUUAAGGUAUUUUUACAUGUGUUUUGUAUAUGUAAAUUUUUUUAUUUAAUAUAUCGAGAGUUUAUAGACGACGGUAACGAGGCCUAUUCGAUAUAGUUAGUCUAGUUUCUGGGAAUUAAUUAUUAAAAUGUUCUCAGUAUUCACCCAACGAUAGUCAAUUAGCAAAGAUUGAGAUUUAUUUGUAGUACGGUGUGUUUUAUUGAACAGCUAAUUUGUACAUAACUACACUGAGCGGCUCCUGUUCGUGUUAAGAAAUAAUGGGAAUAGUGGUUAUUGACACCAAUUACUGUUAAAUAAUUUACUAUUGUAUUUUAUCUUCCUUAUAAUAAAGUAUCGGUAAACAUU